GAGACUAAGGAGAUGAUUGGCGUGAGUCAAAUGUUCUUACUCCUCAGGGAACCGCAAGUCAGUGCUUUUUACAGCGGAAGCAUGGUGUGGUCCACCAUCAUCCCAGCAGAUCUGCAGCCCUUUAAUCCAAUUCUUUCACAGGCUGAAAUGGCAAGACGGGUACUGCGCUCCAUCUUGCAUUAGAAGCUUAGCUGGACGCUGUUAAGAUGUCUGUUGAACCUGAAGAAGGGCGAACCUCGAGGGUGACAUGCAAUUGCUCUCAGAUGUUAUGGACCGUAUUUCCGCACUUGUGCCUUAUCUUCUCACUAGUGGGAUACGCCGCUUUUGGCGCUUUGUUAUUUAAACACAUAGAAGGCAACACUGUAACAAAUUCAACUAACGAUGAGUUUCAGAGUUUUUUGUACAAACUAGUGGACAAAGUUAAGAAUUCCACGGUAAGUGCAUCCGAUUCUCCGCAACAUUUGGUGACCGACUUGGGAAAGACGAUUUUACAAGAUUUUAAGGCGGUCUGGUUUCAGCGGCCGGACAGAUGGACUUUCUCUGGCGCUUUGUUUUUUUGCUGUACAGUAUUCACAACAGUAGGUUAUGGGGAAAUCUAUCCAGUCACCCUGAUAGGAAGAGUGUUCUGUAUCCUCUAUGCCAUGAUAGGCAUUCCCCUCAUGCUUCUUGUCAUCACAGAUGUGGGUGACAUACUGGCUAUCCUACUUUCCAAGACAUACCACCGCAUACACAAGAUGUGCAGGUUCCCUUCUUGCCUCACAAGCUUGGGCAAAUGUGACAGGAAGUCCAAGGAGGAGUCUGCCUCUCGGACUUACAACUUCAGCAAAGAUGUGGUCAUCAGGGAACCCAUGGAUAUAAAGCAUGUGCUUCGUACACAGUCCUCAGUGACACGCAAGUCUGUGCAACUGCGUUAUGCUGAGAUCUUUGACAAAAUCAUAGCCAAAGAAAAAUUCUCCUUUGGUCCUCUGAAGCGCAGCUGUUCCUGUCCUGAGCUCAACCAGAUGGCCUCUCCCAAAGGGUUCUCCAUAUGGGAUUUCUCUGGGAUAGGUGAGGAGCUGGACAAGCUUAAUGUGCCUAUGGCUGUCAUCUUGGUGGUAGUUUUUGCCUACAUCCUCCUUGGGGCCCUCACUCUGCCACUUUGGGAGACAGACUGGAAUACAUUCGAUGCCUUCUACUUCUGCUUCAUCACCUUGACCACCAUUGGCUUCGGCGACAUAGUGCCCAAUCAUCCCAAGUUUUUCCUUCUUACAUCACUCUUCAUCAUCAUAGGAAUGGCCAUCAUGUCUAUGGCCUUCAAGCUAGGCCAGUUCCGAAUCAUCAGCUGUCACCGCAGGUUUAUUAGGUGCAUUAGUGGUGGGAUGGUGGAGAAGUAUGAAGAGAUGAAGGAAGGUGAAAGGGUUUGAGACAGUUGCUAGGAAAUCCAUGUGGAGGCCUAUUGCUAGUUUUGUAGCAAUAAAAAACGUGAAUAUGUAAUUAAAAAUGAGUCCACAAUAGGAAUACAGGUGGAUUUAUCACCUCAUUGCAUGAAUAAUUUGGCAAAAUGCUUACAAACGUAAUAUAACUCAGGGGAGUUCACCAGUGCUGUGCUUUUACCUGUAAAGGUAUUGUCUGUUAAAGAACAAACCUGUUUGUUUUUGAGUUUUUCUUUAUUUCACCUCUAGGGAAAUAUACUCUAUAUAUAUAUAUCUAUCUUUCUAACAAACAAUAAUCCAGAUUCAUCUUGGUAAAUGAAGGCUAGCAAAAGCCGAAGUGAGGGCGUGGGGAUUUUUCGGAAAAUGAAGUAAAUGGCGGGUUUCAUUGUUCUUUUCAGAAAGACUCUAAAAGUACACACUUCACCAUGACUUGAGAUAAAGAGCAGUGAAGAUCAAUGAGUCUGAUCUGAUUGCUAAUCCAAAUCUUCUUAACCCUUGAUGAAACUAACCAGUAGAUGCUGACCCCUCUGAGGAGAGAGCAGAUCUUAUUCACAGGUUGCUGUGUUGGUUUGCUAUGUUGGGGUUACUAUAACACAGGGAGGUUAGCCCAUCUUAGUAUUUCAAACCUUCUAGGCCCUUAAGUGCAACAAAACUUCAUUCAAGUGGCCCUACUGUAUCUUUCUGGCAAGAUUAGCAUCUCAAUGCUCAUGAUCAUCUCAGUUAUCUUCAAGAACAUCCAAAAGGUUACACAUAAUUAUAUUUGGUUGGUAGUAGAUAAAUGACAAGAGGAUUGCAUCCAGUCACAGCUUGAAAGCAAUCCCAUGCUGUAUAAUAUUUACCAAACACACAAAGUAUCCUUUUCAACCAUUUGCCUCUCCAGCAAAUGAUUAAUGAUGCUUUGCUAAAGAUGUUCUCAUUUCAGUUUUGAUGAGGUUUCAUUAUUGAUUAUAGUUGUUUUUCAAUAAAACUGGUUUGUUCGUCAGAAUCAAGAAUAUAUAAUAAUAUAGUCUCAUAUAAUAUAAUAUUUAUAAUCCGGGAAUAGAUCUCUGAUAAAACAAUGAAAAAAUGAGAGAGGUGUUUGAAAAGAAGUUCUACAAAGCUGCUGUGUUGAUCAAUAAUGUGGAAAUAAUCAAAAUCCAGCAGGAAAAAAAAAGUUGAAUAACAGUAUUUGAUCUUGUUAAAACCAUGCGCCAGAUUUAUUCAUUUAUUUACUGUUAAUUACCUCCAGUUUUAUGCUGUCUAGUGUAGCACAGGUUAAUCAAGACCUUUAACUUAUGGCCUUUUUGAUGGCUUAAAAAUACAGUGUACAGUAUAAAAAUACAGUUGAUUCCAUAUAACAUUACUCUUUUAAAUUUCCUAACUAUUGAAAGAUUUGCUAAGAUAAAAUAUUAAGCACCUGAUUGCUAGGAGUUUGAUUUCAUUCAUUACAAUAUGAUGCCCGUUUACUUUCAAUUGCAGGCAUCUAUUCUGCAUUAAUAUUUAAGGUGCAGUUUCAUUCACUUAGAUAUACUGUACAACAGCAAUCAACUUGAUUGAACAAAAAUCAAGGGGAAAAUACAUGACUAACCAAAGGUAAAGAACACAAGUCAAGAUACUUUCAAAUCUAAGAUACACAAAAUCUAUAUAAUUUCCGAUUGUUCAGAUCCGGAUACAGAAAUGUGUUUAUAUAUAUUUUUUGUCAUGUUAAGUAAAGAGAUCAUUAGAGAAACAUAAAGUGCAUGUAAUUAUGAUAAAUAGUACAAUGGUUAUAAGGCACUGAAGAGCUUUAGAGAAAUACGGAUAUAACAGCAUUCUAGUUGUUACACAGAACGAUUCCCAGUUUUACACAUUACAUCUUAUCACUAAACCCUUAGGAGUGGAACUCACACUUUAAUUAAACAACAUACUGUAAGUGAAUUCUUCUCCUUCUAUGCAGAGAUUGAAGAUCUGUAAUGUCCACGAACAGGUCUGCAUUGCAGUUGAAAUUACGUCAAGGUGAUACCCUUAUAACAGUUUUGUUCUCUUUGCUUGUCCUUAUACAGCAGAAUAAAUGCACAUUUCACUGCUG